GACAACAAGGUUUAUCAAAUUUAUCUGUCAAAACUCUGAAAAGUACAGCAGACGAGAAAGUGUUGGAUGGAAACAAAAUGUGGGUUUUUGGAUACGGAUCUUUGAUAUGGAAAGUUGAUUUCCCUUACGACAAACGAGUUGUUGGUUACAUCAAAGGUUACGUCAGACGUUUCUGGCAGGCUAGUAUCGAUCAUCGUGGAGUUCCUGGAAAGCCUGGAAGAGUUGUCACUUUGAUUCCUUCAAAUGAUCCGGAGGACAAAGUAUGGGGCGUUGCUUACAAACUUCCCGAGGAUCAAGUUGACGAAAUCAAAGGUCGAUUAGAUGAACGGGAGAAACGUUACCAAAUUACCCUUGACGUGCCAUUCUACUUCAAGCAAUCCGCUUGCGGAUCAGCACAAGUGCAGGUGAAUUUCUACGUGGCUCCAGCGUUCGGCCCGCUCUUUCUGGGUGAGGCUGACGCGGUAGCCAUGGCUGAGCAGAUCAAAUCGGCACGAGGACCCAGCGGUGACAAUCUGGACUAUUUGGCCAAACUCUGGCAGUUUAUGAGAGAUGAGGUUGGAGCCGACGCCGAAGAGGAAGAUGCCCAUUUGACGACGCUCUAUCGACUUUGUUUCCCUUAAAAUGUGUUGGAAUAAUUUUCAAAUACAUUGCAGUGCAAAUCAA